AUGCUGCCUGUUCACAUGACGUGAUACGGCCGUGCAGUCAGUGUGGCUGUGACCGACAUCUAAGCGUGUUUACUGGUGGUUUCUACCAGUAGGACGUGCUUCAGGAAAUCCUAAACAACGAUUUCUUCUAUCAUCAGACAGCAGCGAAACAUAAACGACACAGGGAGGGACACCACUGACGCGGCGCAUUUAGCCAACGGUCCGGGAAGUCAAGUGCAGUUUAGCGAGCGCCGCGUAGACCCACCUGCGCCUGCAGCGGCGUCACAACACCGCCUGUUCAGGCUUUUUUCUCCACCUCUUCAGGGACAAAAAGUAAAGUCUGCUCUGUGGUGUGAUCUGACCUGAAGGAUGAAAUUCUCUCACGUUUUGGCCGCGCUCAUCAUCGCCUGGUCCGCGGUGUUAGGUCGUAUUCAGGCUGUUACUCUUGAGGUGAAUGAAGGGAACUCCACCUGCAUUAAGGCUGAGCUUUCGGCAUCAUUCUCCAUCACGUACAACACCACCAACAGCAUGAGAACAGCGCAGAUCCCUCUGCCUGACUCUGCCACCGUGGAUACAGGCAGCAGCUCGUGCGGCACAGACAGCAGCUCACCGUGGCUGGUGGUGGUGUUUGGAGCCGGCCACACGCUGGGGCUGAGCUUUUCAACCAAUGGAAGUCUGUACAGCGUCGCUAACCUGACGCUGCAGUACAACCUCAGCGACACGUCAGCCUUCCCUGAGGCCAACAGCUCUGAUGUGGUCACUGUGGUGUCGUCUUCAGUUGGGAUCUGGGCGACGAUCAACACCACCUACCGCUGUGACAGCCCCAGCACUUUUGGAGUAGGUGGGGCAACUGUCACUUUCUCUAAUAUGAGGCUGGAGGCGUACAUGCCAGGAAAUGACCUGAGUCCAGCAGAAAGCGUAUGUAUGGCCGAUCAGCCCACUACUACUGCUCCACCUACCACUGCCAGUUCUACAACAACUGCAGCUCCAGCACCAACCCCUCCAGGAACACCUGAACGGGGCACCUACUCUGUAAAAAACAGCACCGGCACAGUGUGUCUCCUGGCUCAGAUGGGACUGCAGCUCAACGUCUCCUAUUUUUCUCGAUCUCAGAAUAAGACUAUCCAAGGAUUAGUAAACCUGACUCCCAAUCUGACAAGUUCAUCAGGAUCAUGUGAAGCCAGCAGUGCUACCUUGAGUCUGACACAGGAGCAAACUACCACGCUCAACUUCACCUUCACUCUGAACUCCACAAGCAACAAGUACCACCUGAGUGCCAUAACUCUGCUUGCUGAUUGGUCUGAUAUGACUGCUCCCCUCUUAGCCAGUAACACCAGUCUCAACUAUCUGCGGAGUACGCUGGGCCGCUCCUACAUGUGCAACGCAGAGCAAACACUGACUGUUUUGCCGACCUUCUCCCUCAACACAUUCCGACUGCAGAUCCAGCCCUUUGGAGUCACUACUAACCAGUUUGCUACAGCGGAGGAGUGUCAGAUGGACCAAGACCAGAUGCUCAUCCCCAUCAUUGUCGGAGCAGCUCUUGCUGGCCUGGUGCUGAUCGUCCUCAUUGCAUAUCUAAUAGGCAGGAAGAGGAGCCAUGCUGGAUACCAGACCAUUUGAAUGGACCCUUCAUUUAACUUAAAUCUGACAGACUGAAUGGUGGAAAGAUGAGCCUGAGUGUGUGAGCGAGCAAGUAAUGACUGGACAUAAGCAUGAGUGAACGGAGGCAGCUGUUACUCUGUGGUGAGUGCAUGUUUUUGCAUAUCCUAUGUGACCUCCUGGAUAUUUAAUCUUCCUUUCACUUUCUCUGUGAGAUGAUGAGAAGCCAAAGACCUGCUAACUUUAGAUGGUGUGCAUCUUGAUGACGCCCGAGGGGACUUAACAGGGGCCUUCACAUAAUCAACGAUGGAGGCAGUUUGAAUUUGCUGUAGCAAGUUCACCAUCAGCAGUUUAUUCUUGUUUCAUCAUGUUCUAGGAAUUGGUUGAAUUUGCUUGAACUUGUUGUUUUUAGUUAUGUAAUUAUGUACUAUCCCAUGCAAUUAAAGAGGCAGAAGGCUGUUCACAUGAAAUGUAUGAUAAAGAUAAUUUUUUUCCAAUGGUUUCCAAAAAGUUCCAAUGGCUUGUCCACUGCUGGUUAAAGCUUUCAAAACAAGGAUGUCAUAAAAUAAUCCCAGUGACUCUCAUAUAAGGGAAAGCUCUGAAUGUGUGUCUUUUUCAAUUCCUCCACAGUGGAGACAGACAAAAAGCCAGAGGUGACCUAAUAGUUCACUGAGGCACAAUUUAAUCCAACUAAUUCAACAGUCUGGUAGUUCUGAUGAUUAAAACAGGGAUUUGUUGUCAAAAUGUAUUUAACAUUACAAAUGAACAGGUGCAUGGGUUCAUUUUCUAUUUUUGCUUUCCCCCACCCUCUCCUUUAAGAAAUGUUAAUAUCAAUUGUAGUGAUUUGAUCUUUUAUUUUUAUAGAAAAUGGUUUGAUCUCGUUUUCUAUUAUGCAUCUUACUGAAAGUUAAUAAAAAUCUUUAAAGUCCA